CAUUUUUAAUUCUGUGACUCACACUCGACAAACCAUUAGCGUGGUUUACCCUCACUCCUCUCACCGUCUUCACUCUCUCAGUCUCUAUCCAAUUUCGGCAACGGAAACUACAAAACGCAUUACACAAAAACAUCAAACGACGACGGCAAGGAAAAAUGUUUUCCUUAAUUCUAAAACGCACAAACCAAACCCUGAAACACCUCACAGUCAAACACUUCCCAAUCCCAACAAACCCUACUACCACCACCACCACCACCACCAUUCCCAAACCCCUCCCUCUCCCUUCCUGCCACAGUCUCGGUCCGCCGUGUCGCCGCUUCCAUGGUGGCUCCGACGAAUACGACUACAUACGAGCCGACGUCAACUGCCCCCGUUGCAACAGCGAGUUCCCUGUGGUGUUUUCUAACCGUCCGUUGUCGUUAACGAAUCGUGAGAUAGGCGUUUAUCAGGCCGUUAAUUUCUGUCCAAGGUGUAAGACGGCGUUCUAUUUCCGGCCCUAUAAGAUGGAGCCACUGGAGGGGAGUUUUAUUGAGUUGGGGAAAGUUAAGGUUAGGGUGAAAGAGGAGGAUGUGGGUGAAAUGGGUGAGAAAGAGUGUGGAGGCCAUGGAGAUUUUAACUUGCCGACGCCGAAGGAGAUUUGUAGAGGCGUUGAUGAGUUUGUGAUCGGGCAAGAGCGAGCUAAAAAGGUGCUUUCAGUGGCGGUUUACAACCACUACAAAAGGAUAUAUCAUGCCUCCAUGCAAAAAGAGUCAGGAGUAGAAUUGGGGAAAUGCAAUGUUGGAAGUGAUGAGAAUGUAGAGUUGGAGAAGAGCAAUGUACUUUUGAUGGGUCCUACUGGAUCAGGGAAGACGUUACUUGCUAAAACACUAGCUCGCAUUGUGAAUGUGCCAUUUACAAUCACUGAUGCCACAGCCUUAACACAGGCUGGGUAUGUUGGAGAAGACGUGGAAUCAGUGUUGUACAAGUUACUAGUGGCUGCUGAUUUUGAUGUGGAGGCAGCUCAGCAAGGAAUUGUUUACAUUGAUGAAGUUGACAAGAUAACAAAGACUGAGAGUUCAAAUGCUGGCAGAGAUGUAUCUGGAGAAGGAGUUCAGCAGGCAUUACUGAAAAUGCUAGAAGGAACUGUAGUGAAUGUUCCCAUACCUGAAAAAGGAGUUCGAAAGCAUCCACUCAGCGAUAACAUUCUGAUCGAUACAAAAAAUAUCCUUUUCAUAUGUGGAGGGGCUUUCAUUGACUUGGAGAAGACCAUUUCGGAGAGACGGCAAGAUUCUUCUAUUGGCUUUGGAGCGCCAGUUCGUGCAAACAUGAGAACCGGUAGAUUGAUUGAUGCUCUUGUUACAUCAUCAUUGUUGGAAUCUGUAGAAAGUGGUGAUCUUAUAGCAUAUGGCCUAAUACCUGAAUUUAUUGGACGGUUUCCAAUUUUAGUGAGUUUGUCAGCGUUAAAUGAGGACCAACUUGUUCAGGUUCUGAUGGAACCAAAAAAUGCUCUUGGUAAACAGUACAAGAAGAUGUUCAGCAUGAAUAAUGUCAAUCUGCACUUUACUGAAAGUGCACUGAGAUUGAUUGCAAAGAAAGCAAUGGCAAAAAACACUGGCGCUCGAGGCCUAAGGGCCAUAUUAGAAAAUAUUCUUACAGAAGCAAUGUUUGAGAUUCCAGACACCAAGUCAGGAACUUCUAAUGUAGCUGCAGUUUUGGUUGAUGAAGAGGCUGUUGGAUCAGUCGAUACAGCAGGAUGUGGUGCCAAAAUUCUUCACAGAGAUUGUGAAUCAGAGCAAAUUCUUCAUGAAUUGAAAUCAAAGGAUUUUAUGGGAAACAGCAAGGUUGGACAGGGUGGUUUGGAGGUUCAAUCAAGAUCCCUGUGCUUGUAACUAAUUCAAUGUUUGAUGUUGUAAAAAUUUUCUCUACACAAAAAAUGUAAAUUAUAAUAAGCAUAGUUAAUUGAAGACUCAAGAGAGUUGUUUUCUUUUAACCCAUUUCAUUUCUUGACAGCUUUGUUAAUAUAAUCAACAUCACAAAUUCUCUGCU